AUGCCCGCCUCAAAACCGAUCAAACGAGCCUGUGAUCAAUGCCACUCAGUCAAGGAAAAAUGUCGCCGUUUGAGUACCGAAACUUCUUGCGAGAGAUGUGACAGACUGGGACACAAGUGUCGAACAACUAGAAACGCUGCAAAGACUGGCAGGAAGCCUCAGGUCUUGAGAGAGGUAACUUAUACUGUUCCAAGUAAAACCAGAUUUGUAACAGCUCAUGGUGAAAUCUCCGAUAAAGAUCACUUGAAGAUCUCCUUCCUCUCUUACAAUUCCAGAUUGGCCAUCAACUCGGCACUUUUGUCUGACCUUGAUGACUGGGAGCGGCAUUUUUUGAAUCUAAUGAGAAACAUCACGGCGCCCUCGCCUCUGGCCAAAUUUCUUGUCGGAACCAGUUUCCACGAGUCUCAUCAUUCAUCAUUCCUUCAAAAUUUCAUGCAACCAUCACAGGCUAUUCUCAGAAACGCAAGUGUAGCAUGCGCAGCUGCCCUUGUCGGUGAUCAAUAUGAUGAGUAUGCCCAAAACGGGUUGGAAGUUGGACAUCGACGAGCAGCAUUAGCUGUUUCAUCUCUCCGAUCACUCAAGAUCAACACUCAACAAGAUUUGGUGACCGCACUCGUACUUGGUGUUGCACUGCUGACUUUUGCAAUGCAUGUGGAGAACGGCCAGCCCUUCCUGAUAUCACAUUUCACUUUGAGUCUUAUCAAAACCCAGCACCCCGAUUUAUUGGGCCUAGACCCAUCAUUGAUGGACUUCUUGAUGUGCCUUGUCACUGCAGAGACAUUUGAUUGCCUUUUGCGAUCUCACGUUCCCACUUUGAGAGUGAACGAUAGGGAAAGUUUUGUCGACCGUUAUCUCGGCCUUAGCUCAUCAAUGCUCUCCUACUUCUAUGAUAUUGCCGAAGUAAGCAAUUUGCUUGGAGAUGGUGCUAUGGCAGAGAACCCCGAAUUAUUACGCCGAUUGAAUGAAAUAAAGCUCGCCGUGGAACAAUGGCAACCGCUACAGCCAGGGGACUUUCUUCAGCGAUUUACCCAUAUUGAAGUGGCGACCAUGAUGGCACAGGCUAAAAUCCUUCGGUUCACUGCCCUCCUAAUAAUACACCGCUUGAAUUAUCCAUUUGGGCAGCAGAAUGGAGAGGCGCUUCGAUUGUCUCAAGCGAUUGCAACUGAGUUCGAAACAGUAAUUCGUCUUACAAAUCACUCGAUUCCGUGCACAUCGCUUGCAUACCUGGCUGCCUGUUUUGAGAUUAUGGAUAGAGAAGCAAGGGCGAUAGCAAUGGAGCGGAGCACACAAAUAAUCACGUUCUCGAAACAGACGCAAAUCCGUUUCAAAGCUACGGUAACUUCCGUGUGGGAGGCCAGAGAUACUGGUAUUCCGUUCUACUGGUUUGAGCUUAGCAAAUAUGUACCUAAUACAGAAGCAAAAUGA